CCGGCUCUUGAAUCACGUGUACCCCUUUUCCUUCCCCUCGUCACAUGACCCCCCUGUUCUUCUCCCUCCUGAUAAAACCGCUCCACAUGUGUGCUCCUUUCUGGUUGGAGAUUGCAGAGUGCACUGUAGCCCCAGUUGCAAUGGAGGACAGUGACCACGAGGUUAACUCUUCAUCAGAAGAGCAGGACUCCUGCCCUGCAUCCCCUAAUCACAGCAGGGACCAUGAGGCUGAACAGCAUUCGAGCCAGUCAGACGACUCAGAGGUGGAGAACAUUAUGCAAGACCCUCACCACCAAGGAGGGCACAGCCACCGUGACCACACGCACCACCACCACCAUCACGCGCAUGAGCCUCAUCACGAUGCAGACAGGGAAGCUGAGGGCGACGACCGCCCCCACACCCCGUCGUAUUUGCGGCCCCCUGUGGCAGGCAGGGCGCAGUCGGAUUCAGGUUCAGAGCCCAGUUUACCGCAGACCAGAAGUGUGGAGUUUGACUUGCCGCCCCCCCUCAGUCCCACCAGGCCCAGGAGUCCCUGGGGUCGAUUUGACCCCUACUACAAUAAUGAGGACCAGGACAAGGAAUAUGUGGGUUUCGCGACGCUGCCAAACCAGGUGCACCGUAAGUCAGUCAAGAAGGGAUUUGACUUCACGCUCAUGGUGGCAGGGGAGUCCGGCCUGGGAAAGUCCACCCUGGUCAACAGUCUCUUUCUCACAGAUCUUUACAAAGAUAGGAAGCUGCUCAAUGCUGAAGAGCGAAUCACACAAACAGUAGAAAUCACCAAACACACAGUGGAUAUAGAAGAGAAAGGUGUCAAACUGAAGCUCACCAUUGUGGACACCCCUGGGUUUGGGGACGCUGUAAACAACACCGAAUGCUGGAAGUCGGUGGCUGACUACAUCGACCAGCAGUUCGAGCAGUACUUCAGGGACGAGAGUGGCCUCAACCGCAAGAACAUCCAGGACAACCGCGUACACUGCUGCCUCUAUUUCAUCUCACCCUUCGGUCAUGGCCUUCGACCUUUGGAUGUGGAGUUCAUGAAAGCUCUACACGAGAAGGUUAACAUCGUCCCUAUCUUGGCCAAGGCAGACACACUUACCCCCAGUGAGGUGAAGAAAAAGAAAUUCAAGAUCCGCGAGGAGAUCGAGCAGUAUGGUAUCAAGAUAUACCAGUUCCCCGACUGUGACUCUGACGAAGAUGAGGACUUCAAGCAGCAGGACAUGGAGCUGAAGGAAAGCAUUCCCUUCGCUGUCAUUGGCAGCAACACAGUGGUGGAGGCCAAAGGAAAGAGGGUGCGAGGCCGUCUCUACCCCUGGGGCAUCGUAGAAGUGGAGAACUCGGCACAUUGUGAUUUCGUGAAGCUGAGGAACAUGCUCGUUCGCACCCAUAUGCAAGAUCUGAAGGACGUGACCCGAGAGACUCACUACGAGAACUACAGAGCCCACUGCAUCCAGAGCAUGACCCGCAUGGUUGUGAAGGAACGCAACCGCAAUAAAUUAACCAGGGAGAGCGGCACAGACUUCCCCAUCCCCGUGGUGCCCGCAGUGAACGACAACGAGACAGAAAAGCUCAUCCGAGAGAAAGACGAGGAGUUGCGGCGGAUGCAGGAGAUGCUGCAGAGGAUCCAGGAUCAAAUGCACACUCAGAAAGACGCCUAUUAACACAGGACAAUGGUCACACUCUCUUAAACUGGGAUUUAAAAGAAAAGAAAGAAAAACCCAGGAAACCUUUAUUCCUCUCUAGAACACUGACAUCCCACUCAGCCUCAUCAGCAGCACGUCACACAUAGAUCGGGGACCUGCGAGGAGGUGGUAAGAUGUUCUGACAUUUGCGGCUCGACGACUCCCUUUAUCCUCUCUGACAUCAUGACACCACUGCUGCGAAACCCUUGACCCCUCAUCUCUACUGUCCUCUGUCCUGUCAGAACGUUAAAAUGAUUACAGACAACACGUUACUCGUUUGUUUGUUUGAAGACAUCCUCUCCAGGGUUCGGUUAGACGACAGAAAUGUUAAGGAGAGUGUUUUUUUUUUUAAAUCUUAUUUAGCCACAUGAUCACAAGGUUGUUUUAUUUUAUUUAGUUUUUUUUUACGUGAGGUCUGAUGUGCUGACCUGCUCCAAUUUAUUUUUUAAGCACACUUUUCUGGUGCAAGUGUUCAUUUUUACUAUCUCUAUAGGUCAACAUGCAUAUAUACUGUAAUAAUUUAAUUUUCUAUAUUACACUCAUAAACAUUUGCUCCUCUGUUUUUGACCUUUUAUGUUUUUCUGGUUUUAUGACCCUUCUACACUGCUUGACUUUGUGUGGGUUGUUUUAUCUUUUAUUUUCCCUCCAGCUGAGGUUCAUCCAGUUUAAAGGGACAGUUCCGCACCAAAAUCAACAGUACAUUUUUUUCCUUGUCCAGGUAGUGCUAUUUGUCCAUCCAGAUUGUUUUGGUGUGAGUUGCCGAGUUUUGCAGAUGUCAGCCGUCGGGGCGUCUGCCUUGUCUUGAAUGUAAUGGAACUACAUGGUACUUGACUUGUGGUGCUCAAAGCAACAGCAGUGUCUCUUUCCUUAGAUCAUGACCCAGUUACUCAGCGUCAUCUACAGACGUUGUUGUGGGAAGUUUCAUGCCAGAGCUGAUUUGUUUUAACUGAACGACUCAUGGAGAAGAGGAUCAUGGCAACGCAGGAUGUAAAUAUUAAUCGUGUCCUCUUCGGCUGCGCUGUAGUGUUGGCUAGCUUGAUUAGCUUAGUUAGCAAGCCUCUCGAUAGAAACAGCUGUCAGUGGUGGUGUUUUAAACAUUCUGAGCAAUAAAAUGCAAAACAAAUUCAUUUUGUUGUAGCUCCCACAUUCCUACACGGGGCACAUGAACACACCAAAGUCUGAAGAAUGACUUUCCAACUCAGGAAUGGCGCUGCAUGGUAAGAAUAUGGAAAGAAUAACAGUUUCUACGUGAAACAAGCUCUGUGGAUUAUAAUGAGAAACUUGGUCAUAAUUUCUGGAAGAGACAUUGCUUUUGAAUAAUUCAGAUUUUAUUUAAAAUGUUUUGUUAUUUCGAUCACCACAAGCCCAGCGCCAUCUAGUCCUUAUAUUCGAGAGAAGGCAGACAUCUCUAUGCCAGAUAUCUCUAAAACCCAGCAGCUGAUACCAAAAUGAUCUAGACGGAUAAACAGCACUACAGCCAAGAGCAACAAAUAAGUAUUUUUGAUUUGGGAGUGAACUUUCCCUAUAAUAGUAACGUGUGGAAUGUUUAAAUCCAUUUUUUUUCAUCAAUGUCUGCAUGUUUAUCAUAGUGUAAUUGCCACCUCUGCUGCCUGACAGCAUGGAUGUUAGUGGCUCUGCUCAGUGUCGGCCAGUCUUAACUCUGCAAUGCUUACUGCCAUAUCAACUUUAAGUAAUCCAGACUUUUACACGAUAGAGGACUCUGUUGGUAUUUGGAGAAUUCCCCCAAAACGAGUUGUGUCAGAGUCUGUUCAUCUCGAGGGCUGAUCAUGACCAUCAACAGUUCAGCUGAUGACUCCCAUUAGUUGUUAGAGGUGAUUAGGACUUUGAUAAGACAAGACCCUUAAUUUGCAUGAUGUGAGUGUCUAAGGGAAGGGUCGCAUCAAAGGCCAUGCAGUGUAUUUAUUUUUGCAUGUGUUGUUGUGAAGGUUACUCAGAUUGCAGAUUAAUUAAAGUGAUCAUGAGGUUAUUUAUGGGCAAUGGAAAUAUGUAGCUACUUCAUCAUUGGGUGGGAAAGGAUUGAGAAUAGGUGGAUUUUCUUCUUUAUCUUGAUUGGUUAUGAUUAUAUCCUCAAUUCAAGGGAACUCUUAAGUUGGAUGUGUGCUAACCUUAAUGUUUCUUGUAACCAAAACCAAUAAUGACUUCAUUGUCCCAAAUGUUGGAUUUUCCUUUUGUGCGAAUAUCAUUUUGUAAUGAAAUGAAGAAUAUUGUUUGAUAAACGCAUCAAAGCCAGGAGUAACGAACAAAUUAUUGAAUGAACUUGAUUCUCUCGCAAAAAAUUUCUGUGUUCCAAGUACGAGCCCCCCCUUUUUUGGAAAUUAAAUGACUCUGCCAUGUUGUGUGACCUUUGUUAUGUAAAAAAAGAAGAAAAAACUACAUUCCUUGAGCUUCUGUCCCAGAGUCAGGUAUUACUUUUGUUUUGAUUUUUUUUUUUUUUAUAUUGAACUUGUCUUUGAUUAUUCUACUUUUUGGAGUAUAUUUAUGUAAUAAAUUUAUAAAUGAAAUGUGGACGGGGAGGACAAUGUGUACAAAUUCUAAUAUUGUAAUAAAAUAUGAAUACAAUUUCAUCUCUC